AGGCAGAGCACAUCCAGGGUGGAAGGGCCACAGCCCACCUGGGCAAGGUACCUGGCCCAUCACCAGGGGUCACUUGCCUCCUUUUAGGGGUGAGUACCAGGAUGGCACUGGUGACCAGCGCUCAUGGGGGCCCCCUCAGAAGACUGAGGGAGGGAAGAGGAGAGAGACACGUGGUGGGACCCUUGUCCACCCCUCCCCACCUGCGUCAUACUCCCACCAACUGAGAGUAAAAGUAUCAGAUGGGGGAACAUCCCAGCCUCUUUGUGCCACCUAGUGGUGACAAGGGGGAAAGACAAGAGCAGUUGGCCGCGAUGAGAAGGGAUGGAAACUUGAACGGCAGCAAUUUCCGCUACCCGCCCCUGGAUGAGUCGUGUUUGGCCAACUAGUCAUCCCCAUCUCAGACAUUCUGCCUGCUGCCCUUGACCCUGCCUCUGCCACUUCUCCCCGGCAGAUUUCUACUCCUCCCCCUCCGAGCAGGGUUUCCCCUCCAGGGGGCUGGGCUGGGCCUGAGUCACCUACCAGGCAGCAAACUCUGAGAGGCUGUACAGGGAUUAGUCCCAAGUGCCAGGCUCAGGCUGCAGCACCUGCUCUCCAUGCCUCAACCAGCCGGGCCUUCCCAGUUAACUCACUGUGACCCUAGAGACAUCACAUUCCUUCACUGGACUCUGAGUCUUCCUUUGUAUGAGGAGAGGAUCGUACAGCUGAACCCAGAGGCUCCUUCCUGGGCUGAACUUCCAGAGCCACAAGGAAUCAUAUCAUUUUCAAACACUCAUGGCAAAAGACGGGGCUGCCCUCAAGGUCACCAGGGACCUGCAAGCUGCUGUUUCUGCCAUCCUCCAGGGCUAUGGGGGUGAGCAUCAGGUUACAGAUGCCAGCGCUGAGCUGCACGGACUCUGUGGCUGCCUGGAGCGGCUGCUGCAGUUUGACCAGAAACAGCAGAAGAGCUUCCUGCGGCCUCGGAAGGAUUACUGGGAUUUUCUGUGCACUGCCCUGUGGCGGCAGCGAGGGGAAACGGAGCCAGCUCUUUUUGUUCACUCACAGGACAAGUUGAAGACCCCUCUGGGAAGAGGCCGUGCCUUCAUCCGCUUCUGCCUAGCCCACGGGCAGCUGGCCGAGAGCCUGCAGCUCUGCCUCCUGGACCCAGAGCUCACCAGGGAAUGGUAUGGCCCCUGGAGCCCUCUAGUGUGCCCUGAACUCCAGAAGGACAUCCUGGACUCUCUCUAUGCUCUCAAUGGAGUGGCCUUCGACUUGGAUCUGCAGCGGCCGGACCUGGAUGGGGCCUGGCCCAUGUUCUCAGAGUCCCGUUGCUCCAAUUCCAGCCAGACCCGGGGACGAAGGCCAAGGAAAACCAAAGAUUCCCCAAAGAAGAUCUCAGCUGUAAAUGGAGGCCCCAAAGGAGCCCAGCCAGAGGAGCUGCACACCAGCCAAGCCAGCUGUCUGCAAGAUGCACCACGGGAAGACCGGUUGGCUGGACUCCCCACGUCCCAGCAACACAGGCUUCUUUCUCCCUUUCUGGAAAAGAAGAAAGAAGAUCCCCAGAAGAAAGAUGACCUCAGGGCCCCCCACAGCAUGUGGGAACCAGAUGGGGAGGAGCUGCAGCAAGACCAGGAGAAGGGAGCCCCAAGGACAAGGAUCUGCCUGGGAACCUCAACACCCAGCAUCCAGGGGCAGAGGGAGGAGGCCAAUUGGGCUCUGAAGGAGGUGGCAGGGACAGAGGGUGAGGGCAGAGGGGUUCUGCUCAGUGCAGAAGGUCAGAGAACAACAGAGGGUACUCAAGAAGGAGAAGCAGAGUGGGGUCACGUCCAGAGGCUGCUGGUCUCUGGCUCCAGAGGGACAGACUCAAUGUCAAGGAACAGGCAGAACAAGGUGCCUGGCAUUCUGGGGGAGCCGAGUGUCCUUCAGGGCCUGGGAACAAAGGAAGGCUCCACCACAGUGAAGCCACAAGAGCAAACAGGAGUGACCAGUGUGACCAGGAGGGAAGAGCAAGCAGAGGUGGCCUUGCAGGAGGUGGUCAAGAGCCUCAGACAUAGGCUGCAGAAGACCAAGGAGCAGGCCCGGCAUCAGGACCAGCUGCUGAAGGAGCAGGAGAGAGAGCUGAAGGCACUGCAGGAGCAGCUCAGCAGGUGUCAGGAAGAGCGGGCCCAGCUGCAGGCAGAGCUGGAGCAGAAGCAACAGGAGGCUGAAAGGAGGGGCGCCAUGUAUGAGGAGGAGCUUGGAGGGCAGCGGGACCUGGUCCAUGCCAUGAAGAGGCGGGUGCUGGAACUGAUUCAAGAGAAGGAUAGCCUGUGGCAGAAGGUUCAGCAUCUCUCUUCCGUGGCCCCUGGAUGCUGUGUCGGCUGUAGCAAGCUCUUUGGCCGGCUGUCUCGGCGGUACCCAUGCAGGCUAUGUGGAGGCCUGGUUUGCCAUGCCUGCUCUGUGGAUUACAAGAAGCGAGAACGCUGCUGCCCACCCUGUGCCCAGAAGGAAGCCCAGGUCGUCUAACCAGGACCCACCCAGGACUGGUCACUCCACCCCCCUCCCUCCAGCCCUUCUGUGACCUCUGACCUGACCAGUACUACCUUCCAGAACUUGGAGACUUAAGGCAGACAGCACUUGAGUAGCCAGACAGUGGUGUGGAGAGUGGAAGGAGCCUGGCUGGCAGGCAGGAGACGGGUUUGAGCCCUGCAUGUACCACUGAUGACCUGGGCAACUUUGGCAGAACCCUCAGCUCUCUAGGCUUUUCUGUAAUGUGAGGAAGUCGGACACCAUCCGCUCUAAGGUCCCUUUGGGCUCUGAAAAUCCUUGACUAACAAUAGACCCAAUGGCCUGGGCUUCGUCCUCAACACCCCUCCUCACCCAGCCCAGCCUUCACUGCACUGCUCUGUCUCAAGGUGCUCGGGAGUGUCCUGUCCGCAGUCUGCUUCAGGGUCUGUUUUUGCUGUUUUUCACAGCUUUCCAGAGGUACUAUUAACAUAUAACACACUUCAUGUAACUUGUACAAUUUGACGAGUUUUGACUUUAAUUUACAACCAUGAAAUCACGACCAUAUUCAAAAUAAUGAACACAUCCAUUAGCCCCAAAGUUUCCCCGUGCCCUUUGGAAUCUCUCCCUUCCCGUGCCCCUCCCCUCUUCCCAUCCCUGGGCAACCAUUUGCCUGCCUUCUGUCACUAGAGACCAGUUUGCAUUUUCUAGAAUUGUAUAUAAAUGGAAUCAUAUUGUCCGCCUUCUUUCACUCAGCACAAUUGUUUUGAGAUUCAUCCAUGUUGUUGUUCAUACCCACAGUUCCUUUUUUAGUGUUGCAUAGUAUUCCACCGCAUGGAUAUAGCACAACCUCUUUAUACAUUCACCUGUUGCCAGACAUUUGGGUUGUUUCUAAUUUGAGGCUAUUACAAAUCAAUUCUUAUAAUCAUCUAUGUACGAAUCUUUGUGUAGACAUAUGCCUGUAUUUCUCAUGGAUUAAUACCUAACAAUGAAAUGGUCAGGUCAUAUGGCAGGUAUAUGUUUAAGAAUCUGCUGAGUUAUUUCCCAAAGAGAUUAUGCACUGUACCCUCCUGCCAGCAGGGUGUGGGAGUCCCAGCUGCUCCCCAGGGCAUUUGGUUUGGUAGCAGAAGAGGAGACACAGACAUGGAACUUGGCCCUCCCUGUCCUUCCCUUCCAACCACUAUGGUGACUUGAGCAGUCCCCAGUUGUGAGGCCUGGAGGGAGGGACUGAGUCUAGGUGACUCUUUGUACAGGGCUCACUCAGCUAGACUUUAAUAAAGACAGUUAUUGAGAAUUCAA